UGCCCAUGAUCUGAUUAAACAAAUUAAAAGCAUAAGAACCCACUACUUUCUUCUUCCUGUGUCUCCUGGCAGUCCAAUGCAUUCCCAUUUUUUCUUCAAAUUCUGAGAAAUCCCACCUCGAUCAGUUCAAUGGGAUCUUGCAUUAGCAAAUGCCGGCCCAAACCUCCUCCCUACAACGAAUGCAAUCUUGUCCAAGACAAGCUCGUAAUCUCACAGGCUCCUGCUACGUCUCCUAACGUUCCUCUCUCCAUCAACCCAUCACAUUCUCCUCUCAGUUCCCCCUCCUCUUCUUCUCUCUCAUUUUCAUCAACCAGCGCCAGCACUAAUAGCUCUUCUUCCUCUUCAACCUCCAACUCAUCGGCGUGUUCAUCUUCUGUUUUGAUUUCGAAAGAUAGAUCAUCAUUUUCAAAUGAGUUCUUGUGGUCUUGCAUCAAGGAGAACCCACACAUAGUUCCGGCUAUUCCAAGCAAAGCGACUCCUGCUAAGGAUUUACUCGUUAAGCGGCCUCCUCCUCGAAGGUCUGAAUCCUCACCAUCAAAGCAGUCAAUUCCGCCACGGCGCGUUGCACCCCAACAACUGAAAAGAGGGCGUGAUAGCUCCCCAACUCUCACUCGACAGAAGAGUUUCAGGAGGGAUUUUGAAAGACCCCACUCCCCAAGCUCCCUUCCAAGUCGAACCUUCCGUUCUCCAUCUCCGAGUCGAAGGCUUAACAACGAUGAAUAUAGAGGAGUUCCAGGUAUUAAAUCUAUCAGAGAGGUCUGCAGUCGGAACAGUACUGGUUUGAAGACAAGCGCAGCUAAGCCCACCUCGUUACCUGCAAGGAAGGAAAUCCUUCUUCGGCCUAGAAGUCCUUCCAACAAUGUAACUCGCGAUGGGGUGCAAUUGAGGAACAGAGAGACCUCCACUCUCCACAUCCGUCCUGAUGUCGCUCAAAAUGCAGUCGCAGAAGUGCUAUCUUACCAGGAUUACAGUUCUCUUCCCAUGGACGACAUUGAUAACCCGCUCAUCUCCUUGGAUUGCUUCAUCUUUCUUUAGGAGGAAGGAAGCUUGCACGGUGAUGUGUCGAUAGGCAGGAACAACACAUUGUCAAUGCCCUGCACUGAAAUCCGACCGUCCGUGUAGAUAUCAGGAUCGAACAAAUAGGCAGACCCAUCGUCGUGCCCAAAUUUCACAGACCCAUCAGCCUCCUGUGCCACCACCUUGUGCGGCAGCCAUAGCGUAUUGUAUCGGACCUUGCUGAAUCUUCUUACAGACAGCGUAUCAUGCAACAGCCAUUUUGCAGGGCGGUGGUAUUCCUAAUCUCAAAACACUUCUUGUGUUCAGCCGCAGAAAGUAAGCCGUGUCAAGGUGCCAAAGCUAGUUGUCUUCCAUGACGACCGUCUCGUCCAAAACCCAACUCCUCUCCUUUUGGGGAUGACGAUGGCACCCUUGGUUUAAUGAGCAUCUGUAGCACCAAAGAGGAAAAGGCUGCAACCGGUAAAGUUUGAAUAAUCCAAUCGGACUCAUCCAAUAUUUUCCAAAUGCAAAUAAGGGUUUUGCAAAGUGGGGUUUUCAUCAGCUUCCAAUCAAACCCCAUAAAGCCUCGUGUUUCUGGAGUUUUUUUGUUUAGAUUUGAAGAUUCGAAAGUCACAUAUUUGGUUAAAUACAUUUUCAGCGGUCUGCUCUCGCUCUUGCUCUGACAUCGCCUUUUCGAGUAGGCAAAGAGUCCUGGCGAACGCCACCGAUAGAACUGAUUGGUUGACCUUUCUCUGCGAUUCGCAUCCUUCCCAGAGAUUCUCGUCGAUGAGAUUUUCAACUAAGUUUCGAACCAUUUCAUAUUUGCGGGAGCUGACUGGGAUAUCGUUGAUGAUGGACAUAAUCUGAGGGAGUGCUCGAGCGAUACCGGAGUCUCCUUGUGUUGGGAAUUCCCACUUAAUGUGGUGGGGUUUGAGAGGAAAGUCGGCCGCUGGUUUUGCAAUUAAGGAAGGGAUUUGUCAGCAAAGAUGAAUAUAGAGGUUACCAAAUUCUGAAGAAGAAAAGGAGCCAUAGCGGUGGCUGAGUUCUCCAUCGUCAUUCGUCAUCCUAUCCUAUCUAGAGUGUCUCCGCUGGUAUCAUUUAUGAACUACAUUAUUUAACAUAUUUAUGUAUUUGUGUAAAUAUGAGUUAGACCGUCACCGAUAGACCCUUUCCUCUCGCCGUCAGAAAUUUAUUGCAGCGGCGGCGGUGUCCAUAAGCUCAUAACACUUCUAGUGUUUAGCCGUAGAAACCCUUCCUGCCCAAGUCUCUAAGUGAUAUUAUUAUUUUCCCUUUUUCUUGUUUUGUUUUGAUACUUUAAAAAAUAUUGAAGGGUAAAAUUGUCUUUUUCAUCUUUAUGUUAACAGGCAUGUUAUUAGUGGGAGUAGUGUUACUCAAUUUUCAAAGAA